CCCCAGAAAAAAAAAAAAAAAAAAAAAAAAAAAACAAUCUUUCCAGAUACAGUAGUACAUGGGCAUCUUCAAGAACUGACUUCGAAUUCUGACAUCCUCAACACCUUACCAUGAUUCCUAAAAACAAGAUCCAAGGAAAAAAAAACCUACUUUCUGUUCAGUACGUCUCAAUAGCAAACUGACAAAUAAAUAAAAAAAUCUUUGCUGAGAAGAGAAAGAGAGGCAACAAACAUGAACAACAACAACACCACACCACCGCCACUACCUGACCUGAUACUAUCAUUGGAGCAAGCAACACUAAUGGCUAAACAACUCCCAUCAACAACUGACCCAACCCACCUCCUCCAAAUCUAUUCCUCUCUCCACCAUGCCCACCAUCACCUCUCCUCUUUCCUCUCUCAAAACCACCAACUCCCUUCUUUCCCUCUUCAACCCCCACCACAAGAGAACUCUCUCUCCUCGGCAACUGGGGCUGAUGAGAAUGGAGACGAGCCUAUGCAAGUUGGAGAUGAUGAUGAAGAGAAUUCCAACAAGGUGGUAUCUAUUGAGAAGGUAGAGGAGGGGAUGAGAGAUUGUUUUAUUAAGAAUAAGAGGCCUAAAAGACCUCUUUCUCCGUCAACGGUGGCGGUGGCGGAGGAGAGGAGGCUGUAUGAUGAUGGGUUUGGGGGAGGAAUUGUGGGCUUUGAUCCCCGUGAGACUAGGUUGAGGGCUUUGGAUCUUAUCUACCAGUUUCAUGGCUGAUUAUUAUUGGGAAGAAAUAGAACAGAGGAAACAGAGGGCAGAGCAGGGGAGUUUCGCUUGCAUUGUCUAUUUGAUGAAGUGAGCUUUUGGAAUGGGAUGAAUGAUUGAGUUUCAUCUCGUUGGCUAUAUUUUUAUUUCCAUCUUUCAUCUUUUACUUUAUUUUGAGAAUGCCAUGGCAGUAUGGCACAAACAUGAUGCAAUUGAAAUUGGAUUUCAGAGGUAAUGUAUUGCAUUAUGAACGACACAUGUUUUUAUCCCUAUUCUGGGAUUUGACAUGCUAUAUAAUUUUAGAUUGUCAUAGCAUUUUCUCUGAAAAAAGAUUGCUUUUUAGCCUCUGUUGCUGUGA